CGGUUGCGCGUAUAGUCGCGAACAUAAUAUAAUAACUCUCGGAGAUAAUAUAAAAAUAAACUUUCAAUUAAUUUAUUUUAUUAAUAAAAAAAUAAUGUGUAAUUUAAAAUAAAUUUUGUAUUUAUAUUUAUUUAAAUUAAUAAAUGUUGUGUUCUUUUUUUGUGUGUGUUCGGUGUAGUGUUAAAACUUUGGUGUAGACUUAAGAUUGAAAAAGUUGGGAUGUUGACAAGUACAUAAUAACAAGAUGUGAAACACAGCAUCAUGGGAGAUAAAGAGUGUUACAACUGCAGCUUUUGGAUCGACAACAAUGAAACUAUUUAUAGGAAUAGCUCUAGAAAUGAGACUAUUGACAAGUUUUAUUUCUAUCAGUCAGCACAAUUGGCCAUUCUAUGGAUGCUACUGGUGACCAUAGUGGCUGGCAACGCGACAGUCGUGCUGGCCUUACUCCUCACAAAGUCAAGGAAGAGCAGAAUGAACUUCUUUAUCAUGCAACUGGCCAUUGCAGAUUUAUUAGUGGGUCUAAUAAGCGUGUUACCUGACCUCAUCCAGCGAAUCACGAUCACAUGGCUAGCCGGCUCCAUCACGUGCAAAAUGAUGAAGUAUCUACAGGGUGUGGUGACGUACUCCUCUACAUAUGUCCUGGUUGCUCUCAGCGUGGACAGGUGUGAUGCUAUAACGCAUCCUAUGAAUUUUACGGGCAGCUGGCGUCGAGCAAGAGCACUCAUACUAAGCGCGUGGUUUGUGAGCUUCCUAUUCUGUGUGCCCAUGCUGUUUCUCUUCGACGAAGCUAUUGUUGAAGGUAUAUACCAAUGCUGGUCUGGUAUCAGUAAGCUACAAUGGAGGAUAUGGAUGACCAGCGUCUUCGUGUCUCUAUUCGUGGCUCCAGCAUUAAUAAUAUCCGCAUGUUACGGAGUCAUAGUGGUCACUAUACGUCAGAAAAGCAACCGGGUGUUAGGACGACGUGCUACGACAACCAGGCAAUAUAGUGACGACCUGGACAGCCGGCGAGCCAGCAGCCGCGGCAUCAUACCGAAAGCGAAAAUUAAAACCGUCAAAAUGACAUUUGUUAUUGUUUUCGUAUUCGUCCUCUGCUGGUCUCCAUACAUGAUUUUCGACUUACUCCAAGUGUACGGCUACGUCCCAUACACGCAAGCGAACAUAGCUAUCGCUUCGCUUAUCCAGAGCUUAGCGCCGCUCAACUCUGCGGCUAACCCAGUCAUAUACUUCAUAUUUUCAAACAGGAUAUUUGUGAGCCUCAGGAACAUACCACCAUACAAAUGGUUAUGGUGCUGGGUGCGAGCGAGCGACAGCCCGACGGGCAACGAAUCGCGAGCCCACACCGAGUUACUGACGUCAUCACAUCGGAGAACGAGGCACGAGUUGACUAUACGAGUAAAAGACGACAGCGUGAAAUUCCCAAAGCAGCGUCUCCACCAGUGCAACAGCACAAACUCUAAGAAGGUUCGUCUACACUUACCUGACCAACAGCUAAACAACAACUGCCAUCCAGCACAUAGAAGACGAGAGGAUACCUUCUUGUAAAUGUUAAUACCAAAGAACAGGCUCGUGUUAUAAUGUGGAAUAUAUAUUUUUUUGGUUGUGCGCGCUAGUCAGCGAACCAGCGACCGACAGUUUAGUCUGUAGUAUACGGGAAUUCUUAAGGCCGGGUUCACACAGUGUCGAGGUGUGCCGGGCUGCCAAAUAGCAUAAACUUGUAUUUUAUAUGCCUCUGCCACCGACACGGUGUAUCAAAAUAUGGCAGUGACACUCCACAGAAACUACAGUUCAUUGACAAUGUUCAUUCACAAAUGACUGCAUUACUCUGAAAUUAGCUAUAUUGACUAGUGUCUAGAUGGUCAAAUGUACUAAGAAAUCACUACUGCACAUAGGCAAGGCAGGGAAUGGCUGUCUUCAGACGGACAGAUUUAUUUGACGAGUACUGUAAGUAACACAUUACCCUCUUUAGCGUUGCGCAGUUGGGUAAAAUUAUGUAACAAAGUAGACAAAGAUUUUAACGAAGCUAGUUAAGACCAGGAAUUUAUCGAGAAAAGUACACGAAAUUAGAUUAAGAAUGUAUAAUAAAAGUUUUAUAUGUACGUACAUGUAUACUGUGUAAUUUUAAUAAAUGUGAAAUAUUUUAGAUUAAGAAAUGAUUAAACGAAUUGAUAAAUUAAUGAUUAAGAUUGUUUAAGGAAUGCCCUGAAUUAAGAAUUCAUUUCUACUCUUGGCAAUAUUUGAUGAGCGAAACUGAGAGUUACGUUGCAGGUUCUUUCGUUUUUUUCAAAAAAAGUUCAUAGUAUUUGGUAACUACGCUCACUAAAAAACUAAACAUUAAUUGAAAAAAUACCUACUUCUAGUUAAAAAACCCGUCCUAAUGUGUAGUCAGUACCUAUACUUAUUUUAUCACUUGCCUCUGAAAAAUUGCUUAUAGUUUAAAACCUUGUACCAAAUUCUAGUUGAUAAAGCUAUAAGACGCAAAUAUUUCGAGUCUUUAUUUGACUUCGAUUUUUAACAGUUUAAUCGGCGGAAGGAUACCUUAACCUUUUUUACAAGGUAUAUACUGCAAAAUAAUUAUGCAAAGGAAAAUUGUGAUUCCAUCAACACCUGCUUAAGUUUAUGAACACUUUAUCUACGUCAAUAGAAAGGGUAUUUCAAUUUAAAUCCCAAUUGCCGUAAAAUAGCAACAAAAUGAGCUUUAUUUUGAUCUAGAAAAUCAUUUAAAUUCUUUUUUCUUUCCCUAAUAUGAAAAAUGUGUUUUAUCGUAACGAGUAAGUAGCGAACGAGAUACAGGGACUAUUUAGAAAAGUAUCUACAUUUUCGGUCUACUAUUUUGUACGACGGUAUAGAUCUCUUGAACCAAACUUGUUGUAAAUAGUUUUAAUGUAUGUCAUUGUUCGAUGAAGUUUGUUUUAUACUGGCAUGGAGUCGAAGAAAAACAUAGGAUACUGCGUAGAACAUAAUAUAAUGGCAUCCAGACCGAUUAUUGCAGACUGUUCUCCCUAAAGAGAACAUCUUUUCGUAAAAGCCUAUUUAAAACAAAAAUAUUUUAUGAACACCGGUACACUUUCUAGUUCCUUGCUCAGUCUCAUACUUUAAUAUACUAUGGACUUUAAUAUGACAUCACCGGAAAAUUAGGUAUCAAGCACAGAGCCAACAUUUAUGUGCUCCCGAGGUAUAUAUUUUAGGCAUGGGUGUAUCAAUCAACAGCGGCCCGAUUUCAGGCUGCUUCGUUUCGUUUCGACUUCGUGCCAGUAUGACUCAAACCUAAGUGUAUAUUGUAUGUUCAAAACAUUUGAUAUGAUCUAGCGUAAAGGUGCCAAACCAGAUUGGAGUCAAACUCUAGUCAACAUGUGUUUUAUGUGUAUUUUUAAAACUAAAGCAUGUACUUCGAAAGUAGUCUUAUAUGGUGUUUUAUCUACCGAAAGAAUCAUGCUGUAGUGAAACACCAUAUAAGAAACUGCACUGUUUAUACACUGUAUCAAAGAAGAGAAUAUUAGAAUAAAUGUAUGGAAU